AUGUCAAACGAAGUCACUUCUAUUGGUGGUUUUAUUGUGAAAGAGUUGGUUGGGCAGGGUUCUUUUAGUGAAGUGUACACCUGCGUGCUGCCCGAUUGUAGCGACUGCCUGUUUGCUAUUAAACGACUUCUGUCGACAUGUAGCUCAAAGAAGAUAGUUAAUGAAGUUGUUUCUCUCUACUUACUUCGUGAAUGUCCCAAUACCAUUUCCUUGCUUGGUAUUACUAUGCAAAAGGAUUGUCUCAACCUUAUAUUUCCAUAUAUAGAGUCUGAUGAUUUUGAUCUUUUCAUUCAAAACUGUACAUUCAAAGACAUGCAAGACUAUAUGAAGAACCUUUUACAGGCAGUUAGCCAAGUUCAUUCCAAGGGAAUUAUUCACCGUGAUGUCAAACCUCGCAAUUUUCUGUAUUCAAAAGAGCGAAAGCGAGGCAUUCUCAUCGACUUUGGUCUCUCCGAAGUGAAGGAAGGCAUUGUAGCCGACCUCCUGGAGUCUGUGAAGGAUAAGAAAAUGGACAACGAACAUACCGAAGAAACCAAUCUCAUCAUUAGCAUUCUCUCUCAUCUCCAAAAGCCAGGCCACCGCUGCACAGUAUGCCAAGAUCCCAACUGCACAGGAUUCGCUCGAACGUCCGGAACGCCGGGAUUCCGAGCUCCAGAAGUCCUAACCAAAGUGAUUCACCAGACUUCCGCUUUGGACAUUUGGUCGUGCGGAAUCAUCUUUAUGUGCAUUCUCUCACGGAGAUAUCCUCUCUAUUACCAGAAACCGAAUCUGAACGAGUACUAUGAGCUGAUGGAGUGCUGCUCGAUUUUUGGCUCCGAGGCGGUGGUGAACGGAUUGAACGAGAUGAAUCGGCAAGUGGAGAAUAUCCCGUUUGUGCAGCCGGCACCGCUACGGGAGUUUUUUGUGCAGAGUCGAUGGGAGGAAUGGGUGGUGGACAUCUCGAUGGAUUUGUUGAUGAAGAUGCUGGAGAUUAAUCCGUCGAAGCGAAUUACGGCGGACGAAGCGUUGAAACACCCGUUCUUUUUAUUUUUGUGUGUUUGUUUGAUAUGGUUGUGGCUUUUUUUCGGUUUUGAUAUUUUGGAUCUAAAAGAGGAAGAGUCACUAUAUAAAUAUAUUUAG